AUGGAGGACGCCGAAAUGAGCAAACCGGGUGGCUCCGAUGAAACCAGCGACAUGCCGGUGGACGGGAGCGACCCGCGUUGUUUUGAGGUCGAUGAUAAGCCUAAAGUACCAAGCGCUGCUGAGGCGGAAAUUCGGGAAAAAACAACCGCAGCAUCGUCUCCCGUAAACAACGACGUCGCCGAAGAGGACGAUAUCGAUAACAAAGGGUGCGCCCUACGUGACGGCUUAAUAGUAAAGCCGAAUGGUGAUAUCACCCAAGAAGACGCGGCGGAUAGCCGCUCCGUUCCCGACUCUGUUGUCGCCCGCGGUGGGCCAGUGGCGAGUGCGAAUUGUGAUGACGGGCGCGCCGCCGAUAACGGCGGGGCUGUUCUAGACUUGCCCGCUUAUCCGGACGCAAGGCCGCGUAGUGUGGAGGAAGAUAGCCGGGUCGGCCACAACGGCAGUCGUAACGACGGCGACACCCACCGCGGCAGCUGCGCUCCGGAAGAGCGCGAACUGCGCACUUCGGCUAAGCCGGCAACGUCGCCGUCUCUGAACGCUUGUUCCGAAUCGGAUGCGAGCGAACCGCGACAACCCGAGCUCGAAGACAUCAAGAACGAACCACCGGUAUCGUCCCCAGCAAGGGCCUGUGACGACGACGUCAGCGGUGACGUGGUUUCAGCAGCGCGAGAGUGCCCUGACGUGGCGUUGCCUGAUGACCACAAGACGACAUGCAACAGUGACAGCGACGCCGAGUCUGACAGUACGGAAGCCCUGCAGUGGUCUCCUGGCCGUGCAUCGCGUUCCAAUAGCGCGGAGUACUCGCGAGAGGGGGGUGGUACAACUGUAGACAUCGUCGCCGAUGAAGCCUCCGAGAACGCGGUCGCGUCCGCAGCGGGCCCAAGCGCCUGUCCAGUCGCCCAAAUCAAGCCGCAUGACAUAUCUCCACUGCUGAAUGGCACCGACGAUCUCGAAUGCAAUGAUGAGACCGUGGAGCCCAUCGCUUCAGCAUGCACCCGUGCUCUGGCUCCUUCUGACCGUGGCCUAGACAAUCUCAUCAGCGUGUUCACCACCGUCGAAGAGGGCAAGAUCGUCAGCGUCGACUGUAAGAAGUUCCGCAAGAGGGGCCGCCCUCUGGGAGCCAAGAAGAAGAACGCACUCAAGCGAGCACAAAUGGCCGCCAUCGAGAUGGCAUCGCAAAAGGACGACGUCGACUUCGCGGUCAAGCAGCUGCUGCGUAACAUGGUCGACAGAAUCGCAAUGACUGGCAGCGAGAUACCGUCCAAGCUGUCCGAGGCCAACUUAAAGGACGUCAUCAGCAGCUUCUGCGAGUCCAACGGCUUCAGUCGCCAAGACUUUGCCGGUGACGACGACGAGAUCUGUUUCGGCAGCGUACUCCGCGACGAGCAGCCCGACGCGACCGGAGGCGCAGCCAAGAGACGACGCCGCGGGAGUUCGGACCACGGCUCGUCCUCGGAACAGGGUUCGCGAACUCCGAGACCCGGAGGCAACGGCACCUCUUCCAGACGUUACAAGAAUAAGCGCGAGAACGUGCCCACUAAGCGGAUGCUUACCAGGAGUCAGUGGCGGCGCUCUUGCUACCAGAAGGAGCAGCAGCAGGACGUUGCCGCCACCGACCAUCCGGACAACGGGCUACUCGUGCUGCGGGACGGUGCCGAGUCGCUUCCCGACGCCAAGCGUCGGCGCCGGUCCGUCGACCUCGCCUCGGACUUGGACAGCUCCAACACGGAGUCGUCCGCGGACGUUCCGAGCUCGGCUUGUGGUAUCUCUCAGGACAUGGACCUGUCCUUGACUACCGACGAGGCGGCCUCGUGCGGUGCCGGUGACGAACUUCGAGCUGCUCCCAGUGAUGGCGUGAAAUGUGAUGGUGAGGCGCGCGUGCUAGUCGCGGAAGGUUGUUCCUCCGCAGCGGUCAAUUCCAGUAUUUAUUUAUCAUCCUCCGAACCGCCCAAACUUGGCUACAUGGAGCCGAGCGUGACGACGGCGCCCCGCGAACUUAGCCCCCUAGCGAGUGCGCGAGCGGGAGGUGCCGGUGGUGGUGAUCGUGAAAACGCGUCUCGCGAUGUCCAGGAGCCAGACGCUCGCGGUCGGGGUCAUCAUUCGUACGGACGACGAAAGCAGCAGCAGCAGCAGCCGCUGCCGCAGCCGCCUCAGUAUGGCCUCGUCGGUGAACGCGCUAGUGUUGGUGGUGACGACGACAAUGACGAUGAUGACGGUGAGUCGCAACUGGUGAUCUGUGAUACGGACGAUUCGUGCCACGACGCGCCGCCGUCCUCGGCCUCCGGUGCGCGAGGCGACAACGCCGCGGACAGGGUGCGCGGAGCGUUGCACAAGAGUGAGGUGGACGCUUAUUCCAUUGUGCGCGCGUCGCGUCAGCGACGGUCACCCCCUCGUCGCCUGCGCGGUGCGUCUCCAGCUGCGAGCGCGGCGCAGCAGCAGCGCCUUCGUGAUGGUGAUGCAGUGUGCGAAUCGGAAAAGGCAGCCACCGACGCGGGUGUCGUGUGUCUCGACGACGAAGAGGGGGACAACAUCGGGACACCGGAGGCGAGUGUCGUCGCUGCAGGUGUCGCCGCGGAAGGCUCGUCGUCUCGAGGUCUUCUCAAAUCGCCGCCGUCAGCCCUCAGCAGUGCCCGAGGCUCCCCAGCAGCGCCGAGCGCUCCCGACGGACCCGGCACCAGUAAAGACGUCCCGACGACCACGUCUCCUCCCAGCGCUGCUCACCGGAGGACAACCUCCUCGUCUGGCCACCAUGCGGUGGGGUCGUCGUCAUCGUCGCUAUACCCGUGGCCAGCGACGCUUCCCCCGUCACCUUCCGGGGCCGAGUCUCCGGACAUCAUCGUGGUCAAAGACGAGCCCAACGACCUGUCCGUCUCGGGCCGGGCGGCUCACUUCGCUCAGCAGCUGCCGGGCUUGGAACCGCUCGAUUUGUCACUGAAAGAGCAAUCUUUUCGUGCGAAAGCCGACAUUCCUGUUGGCAAGGUGCAACCACAAAUGGCCACCACUAGUCAGUCUGCAUCAGAGGAGGCGCCGGCCAACUCUCCCAUCAACUACUCAUCAUCCUCACGACACGUCCCGGCGCCGCACGCUGAGGAAGACGCCCGCUACAAGGAACGCGAAAGGCGCGGAGGCCACGGCUCCGACAGUAAUUCGAGCAACGGAUCCAUGGGGGGCGCGGGACCCACUGGCACCUCUGAGCCGCCCUCGGACUCUAUUCUGCAGCGUCUGCUGCUCGACCCUAGUCGAAAACCAAAGGAAAGCGAUUCGAGCGCCGCCUCAUCUCCCGUCCAGGUCACUCUUGAGCCGCGCAACGCCCGCGCUUCGGCCGAACCGACCAAAGACUCUGCCAAACGAGGACGCGACACAGACAUCGUGAACGAAGCCAAGUCUCUCCUGAACGCCCGCCUCACGGCGAGGCACCAGGAACAGCAGCUGCAACAGCAGCAAUUGCAGCAGCAGCAGCAUCAACAACAGCAACAACAGUCACCGUUGGCCAAGACGUCCAACAUGGCUUCCGUGCCACCCAUGAGCUUUCCAGAGAACAAGCUGGGCAUGAGUACGCUUGAGUCCAAGAUCGUGGAACUUAAGAAGCAGAUCCACCACCUCACCAUCUUGGCCACGUACAAGGAGAAAGAACUUGCUUGCAUCAGCAGCCUGCGAACGGCCAAGGAAGAUGCGCUAAAGCAACUUGAGAGCAAGUACCCCGGAAUCUGCUCCGUCAUCAGAGCGUUUGGUCCCGAUUCCGGUUCUGGCGAAUCCAGUGACAGUCCGGGCUUCACGGACGUCCCGAGUAUAGUGGCGCAGGCGGCCACCGCUACCGCGGACCUCACGUCGCUGGGCGCUGGUUUGGCGUCUGAGACUGAUCCUCCGCUCCAGAAGAAGCCGGCCGUGCAAACGCAACAGCAGGCGCAGCAUUCUCCUGCUUUGCCCAUCCCUCUCCUUGCCGGGACACCAGCGCCACACCGGCUACGUGCAAACUCUGGGUCCGAGCGUGACUCUCCCGGCCGAGGCCUCAUGCCGUAUGACAGAGCCAGCGCCGCUGCUCUGGCUCCUCCUCCCACGUCCUCAACGGCGCGCUCCUCUGUAUCACCUCGCGGAGGUGACAACAGGCAGCCGAGGCCCGUGCCACCCGCAGCGCCUUCCAAGUCAGCCUUCAGCGUCCCGUCGGCAUUGUCAUCGUCGGCCUCCUCCUCCUCCUCCUCUGCUGCCGCUGCCGCUGCGGCUGCGGCUGCUGCGUCGAGUCAGAGGCCGCCAAGGCUGCUGCUUCCUAAAGGACCAGUGCCGCCCGCGACUCCGGCUGCCGCUGUUCCGCUUGCUCAAACGUCCACGCCACGAGGGAUCAACAGUGGAGCCAUGGCUGCGUCAUCCGCCGCCGCGGCCGCUGUGUCCAGCUGGUGGAACGCUCCGAACGGCGCACCGCUUUCCUUGACCGCCGGCCUACCCCACCACCUGCAGCGCGAUGCCCUGCGGGAAUAUGCUUCGUCCUCUUCGACUGCGGCUCUUCUGAAGGCCGCCUCUGUGCCCAGUUCCCUGACCAAGCAGCACAGCAGCCCCGCUGGAAGCAUGCCGUCUCUGUCGAGGUCGGAGGCGCUGGCUGGCAUGGCCAGCGAUGCGUCGGCCCGAACCGCCCAUCACCAGCGACUCGCGGAAGCAGCGGCAGCGAGGGCGGAAGACACCAGGGGUGUGACAGCCGAGCUGGCCCGACAGCAGGAGGAGCUCAACCUGGCCCUCAGCUCCGGCGGCUCACUCGCCGGCGUGAACGCGGCGGCAGCGGCGGCGGCUGCCGCGGCUGCUGGCGCGUACCCGCUGGGUCGCGCUGGUCUGUCUGCGGCAGCCAGCAUGUACAAUCAGGCCAUGGCGUACAGCCUGUACCAGCAGCUUCGCGUUAACAAGGAGGCCGCGCUAGCGCACGCCGAGGCGUCCGCGCUCCUCGAGAAGAUGAAGCAGCAGAAUUUGCCUAGUCAGCAUCAACAGCAGCAGCAACAGCAGCAGCAACAUCAACAGCAGCAACAGCAGCUCUACCAGAAGGCGCUGCUCGAGCAAGCCACCAAAAACAGGACCCACUGCCUGGGAGCACAUCAGUCACCUACUGCAGAAGGAGAGUCCGGUCAGCAUGCAGGCAGGCCUGCCUGCCGAGCUCCUCUCGCUGCAACCAAAGCUAUCGGCGCCCGAGAUGUCCUGGCUCCAAGCAGGGCUGGCCUGCGUCAACUGCGGGGAUCCGCGCGUCAAGUUCGUCUGUAGCUGCUGCAGGACGCAGACCUUCUGCAGCGAGCAGUGCCAGGCAAAACUGUGGAGCAAGUUGAAGACGCAAACACCGACGAAGAAUUGAAGGGUUCACCAGACGGAGAGGAGUUUUCGUUGAGCUUAAUUAUUAUCAUUGUUUUUUUUUUUCGCUAGACAUUUUUUUUUUCUCAUUUUCUUUGUGACUCGGGGAAAUUUUUUCUCGACAACGCGUGUCGCUCAUCUUUUUUUUAAUUUUUGAUGGACUAGCUCAUUUUGUAUUAUAUCACAUUUCUGGCACCUCUCUCGGUGGACUCAUUGUUUUGUCUCUCUCUCUCUCCCUUUUUCUCCAAAUUUCCUAAUAAAGUUAAGUUUUUGCAGCAAGGGCUGCUGUACGUA